AUGGUGCGGAGAACAAGAAAAUGGUGGUGGAACAAGCGGCAGCUCCCACGCUCUCAGGCCAGUUCCCAACCGAAGGCGGAGGCAACUGGAGUCUAUCACAAGAAGCAAGCUCGACCUGCGGCCUGCUACCUGCAGCGGCAUGACUCGGAGAUGGCGCAGACGGCAACACUACUGAGGGCGACACAUUCUUGCCAUGGGUGCCUGAGGCCCCUCUGCUUGGUGCAGGGCUGUGCUCUACCUCCUGAGGGUGUAGACUGA